GCGUAAUUUCAAAAAAGUUUUGCAAGCUAAUCUGGGCUUUAAAAGAAAUACUCUUCAUAUGAAAAAAUAUAAUAGGUAUUUCAGUGAAACACAUACAUGAAAAUACCAAGUAUACUCUUUCCGCCAUCUUUCCAUGCCACCAUAAUGAUGCACAUGAACGUCCUGGCUGAUGCUCUCAAGAGCAUCAACAAUGCCGAAAAGAGAGGCAAACGCCAGGUUCUUAUUAGGCUGUGCUCCAAAGUCACUGUCCGGUUUCUAACUGUGAUGAUGAAGCAUGGUUAUAUUGGUGAAUUUGAAAUCAUUGAUGAUCACAGAGCUGGGAAAAUUGUUAUGAACCUCACAGGCAGGCUAAAUAAGUGCGGAGUGAUCAGCCCCAGAUUUGAUGUGCACCUCAAAGAUCUAGAAAAAUGGCAGAAUAACCUGCUCCCUUCCCGUCAGUUUGGUUUCAUUGUACUGACAACCUCAGCUGGCGUCAUGGACCAUGAAGAAGCAAGGUGAAAACACACAGGAGGGAAAAUCCUUGGAUUCUUUUUCUAGGGAUGUAAUACAUACGCAGAAAUAAAAUGCCUCAGUGGAAAAAAAAAAAAAGUAUACAGUUUGUCUGUUCUUGGUGAGAAAACCCAGCAAGUUUCUCACAUGAUUAUCAUAUUCACAAAGAUCAUAACAUGACAUCUCUUCAGAUAUCAGCAUUGCAAAACUUAGGGGCAAAACUUUAAGG